GAGAUGCUUAGACCUACCAGAGAAGGAAAAUAUGUCUAAAAAGAAUCCCAUUUAUCUUUGUCCCCUACCAAGGCAAAGAAGCAAGAGCAAAGUGCGUGUUUCAAGACACAAAACAAUGGAAAGGCCCCAAAAGUUUUCUGAAGUAUCAAAUCCAUACCUAUAUAUACCAUCAUCAUUGAAUGGGAAGCAUUAGCUUCGUAAAUAAAACACCCUCUUAUUUGUUUUAAAGAACGUUUUCCUUGAUCAUCUAUGGCAGAACAAAGGCAAACAUUCCGAUUUCGGCUCCCUUGGCAGUCAGCACCAGUUGCGACUCCACCUCCACGUCCUUCAAGCGAAUCACAGCCCCCUCGUCCUAAAAUUGAAACCCAAACGCCUGCUCAAUCCAGCACUGCCUCCAUUCAGAGGCCACCAUUCAGGCCUGCAGGGAUUGCCUCGUCAGUACUGCCCCCUACAACUUCCCAAGCACGGGUAGCACAACCUCAAACUCGGCCACCACCAUCGCCAACAGUUGCUUCGAAGCCUCCAUCAGCACCUCAAACUCGGGCUGAAGCUCCAUCACCUUCACGGGCAGCGCCUCAAACCGGAGCUUCAGGCUCUGUGCCCUCAUCACCAUCUCGCACAUCUCAGGCCCAACCAGCACCAGGGACAACCUCUCCGCCUAUAUCUCGUUUAUCCUCUCCAUCUGCUGACCGACGGACAUCACAACCCUCUUCUCCAUCUCGCCCAACCGCUCAGGUGCAACCAACCAGGACAACGAAAUUACAACCACUACAAGAAAGCUCUCAGCCUUCGGCCGCGGCCACUCAGCCCCCAUCAUCUCUCUCUGAGAAAGAACCAAAGCCAGUGGUGUCUCGUUUAUCCUCUCCACCUGCUGACCGAAGGACAUCACAGCCCUCUUCUCCAUCUCGCCCAGCAGCCCAGGUGCAAACAGAUGUAACAACGAAAUUAAAACCUACAAUUCAAGAAAGCUCUCAGCCUUUGGCUGUUGGCACUCAGCCCCCAUCGUUUCUCUCUGAGAAAGAACCAAAGUCAGUGGUGUCUCUGCCACCAUCACAACAACCUCAACUCAAGGCAGAAGUGCCAUCACAAACUUCUCCAACUCAAAGGUUAGAUUCUAAUGCCAUUGGUGGCGAUGCUAAGCCAAAGUUAGAGGAAAGGGAAGUAGGGAAGGAAGUAGUGCGAGAAAUAAUUGAAGAAAAAACAAAUGGAUCAAGUUAUGAAGACCGAACAAAGAAGACAAUCGGUGCUGCGUUUCAAGAAAAACAGAAGCCAAAGUGGGAGAAGGAAGAAUCUUUUGACAGAAAGGAGGCAUUUGGCGCCCCCAGUUCUAUUCCAAAACAGAUCAACAUUGCAAGUUCAAGACAUCCGAAGGAAAGGAGAUCAUCAAGCACAUUAACUACACAAAAACCGAGUGUUAUCUCCAACGGAGAACAACUUCCCCUGCACGAAGAGGUAAGGAAAGAUAUCUCUACAUUCGUUCAAAAGCUUACCACUAGCCAAUCCGAUUAUAAAAAGCCAAUUAGUGUCAUAACCCUAUCUGGUGAAAAUAGAGGAGCAUCAAUGCAGCUGGGCUUAGAGUCGACCAAAACAGAUGAAUUUGUUCCCAUUCACCGGGGUUACAAGCUCAACCCAGAUGAGAGCACUGAAGCUACCACUGAUGGAGAAGGGAGCUCCACGGAUAAAAGGUCCAGAGAUCCAACCCCCAAAGAAAAUCCCCCAUCAAGGGCAUAUGUUAAUAGCAAUAUACAGAGUGUCAAUAACUCCAUUUUGUUCGACACUUCGGUCACCGAAAACAAUCCUGGCGUCCGGUUGGUUGUAUCAAAUUAUAAACAAGAAGAACCAAUGAAAGCGAAUGGUAAACUGGAGCCGCUUGAAACACACAAGGCUGAGUUUAACGUCACUCCGGCGGAGAAGCGUACGUAUCAACCAACAGUAAGAAGACGGUGCCUCAGAGGCCUUUUCUUGGAAUCAAGUGACUCGGAUCCAGAUAAUCCUGAAAAGCCUCGACGUCAUGGUUGCCGGUUUAGCUGUGGGGAGAAGGACAAAGAGAGAGAGAUCGGGGUACUCUGAGCAGGUGCAUUACAGUUCCUAGUAUCUGCUGAAUUACCGUCAGAAGAAUACAUUUCGUGUUUGUUUAGAAUAAUAAUGUUUGUCACACAUUGAUAAUAAGGAUGUUAAUAACAUUCACCAAGUCAUGCUAUGCUUUCUGUGUCAUGUUGUUAUUCUCUAAAGCUACCUCAUAUUUUAUAUAUUCCAACUCCAUGUUCAUUGGGUUUAAGGUAA